CUCUUGUCCAAUCUUCGUUCUAAAGGUCCAGGCUUUGUCAAGCCUUACAGGGGGUGUAUUUAAACACCUAACGUAGAACAGGCAACAAAUUGAAGGGGCACCAGACUUUAUCUCGUUAAAGGCGAAUAUUGGCAAGAGAUGGCAGAGAGUACUAACAACCCCUACGACAUCAAUGGGCAACACUUCAACUCUGACAUGUACUUUCAAAAGUUGUUGAAGGAAUGCACGCUAAAGCAGAUUAUGGAUCACGAAGCGGAGAUCAUAAAAAACACUCAGAUUUUACAUUCAGACAUGCAGACCUUGGUAUACGAAAAUUAUAAUAAGUUCAUAUCUGCUACCGAUACUAUACGCAAGAUGAAGACAGAUUUCAAGGAGAUGGAGGAUAGUAUGGAUCUUUUAGCUACGAAUAUGGAAAGCAUCACUUCUUUUUCGGAGCAGAUCUCUUCAACUUUACAUGGAACAAGACAGCAAAUUGCUAAAUUGUCCUCUGUACACAGCCUGUUGAAGAAAUUGCAGUUUCUUUUCAAGCUACCUAGCAAUCUUAAGGAUAAAAUAAACGAAGAAAAAUAUGCAGAAGCAGUUAAAGAUUACGUCCGUGCACAAGAAGCUUUAAAUCAAUACAGCAACAUGCCAUCCUUCCAAGGCAUCCAAAAAGAUUGCGAGGAAAUUUUGGAAGAAUUAAAAUCUAAACUCAGAUUACAAUUUCAUAAGAGAGACGUCUCUACUAAGACUUUAGCCGAAAAUAUAGAUCUUUUGCUACAAUUGAAGGAACCAGCUGAUUCAUUAUGCAUUGAAUUUCUGCUGUACGCCGAAGAAAGAUUAAUAGAACAAUUAGAUAUUUUGAAAGAUAUGUGUGAAAACGAUAUUAUAGAGUUCGUAGACAUGGCUUCUUCGGGAUUUCUCAAUAAUUUGUGCCUGAUUGUGACUUCUUACAAGGAUAUAUUUAUCAAUCGGUCAUUGGAAGACAACGAUUUAGUUGAUGAUUUUGAAAUAAAAGCUGUGGAUCAUUUGAAUAACUUUAUCAUGGAUUAUAUGAAAAAAUAUUUUGAUUUGAUGGGCAAAAGAAUGGAGGAUGUAGCUGAUACAGCAAUUUUAGUGAGAGCUCUCGACAAAUUUCAUCGUAAGCUGCAAGAAAUGAAUAUGUUGUCAAAGGAAACAGACUUUGCCAGAAUUGGCACUGAUCUUGUUGUAAAUGCUGGCCGAAAACAAUGUCGCAAUCAUUUACAUAGUCUGAAACAACACUUGAGUGAAAUUUUAGCAAAAGUAAGGCAGACUUUAGCUACUAAAGUCACGCAUGAUGGCGAUGGAGGCUUGGCGGAACUUCAAGCUAUGCUCAUUAUGCCUACCAUAGAAAAAGUUAAAGGAGUUCUACAAGAUUUAUCGGCAUUUCUACAAUUAAACUUGUCAAAUAGUAUAAAGAUACAAUUUUUGCAAAGUUUCUGUGUGGAUGAAGUGAGAGAAGGAUUAGUAAUCGGUUUUCUGCAUCAUCUCACAGCUACAGUAGCUGGAUUUUGCAAUGGAUCCGAUGUACCAAAAUUUCCGCCCACUUUGUUACUUUUACUCAGCAAAAUGUGCCUCGAGUAUAAGGAGAACAACGUCCGUCAUCUGCUCACGAAAUUUGACGAUCUUUUUAGUAUCGAUCACUAUGUAUCGUCGGAAAAUAUCAUAACUCCUGGAUCAGAAAUGUGUGAUCGUUUUCAAGAGGCAGCUCAGAAUUUGUUGAAUCAUUAUGUGCGAAUUCAGGGAUUAACAGUAUCCCAAAUGCUGAGGAAAUCCGUGGAGACCAGGGAUUGGUUGCAUACUAUUGAACCUAGGAACGUGAGAGCUGUCAUGAAGAGGGUUGUCGAAGAUGUGACUGAUAUUGAUGCACAAGUUGCCGCUUUAUACAACAGCAACGAUGGCCAAGUCGAUAGAAGUAGCGAUAGUAGCAGGAAGACUCAUAGUGUUAGCAUAUCUAGGCAACACUACAGAUCAAAUUGGUCAUCCUACACAUCUAGCCAUAUCGAUUCCUCCCUAGUGACGAAUAUUCACAAAUUGUUCUCCGAACGAAUCGAAAUAUUCUCAUCUGUACAAUUCAACAAGGCGUCUAUUCUAACAGGAAUCAUCAAAAUAAGCUUGAAGACUUUCCUCGAAUGCGUAAGAUUACGAACCUUCAGCAAGUAUGGCUUACAACAAAUCCAGGUGGAUACACAUUAUUUGCAACUUUAUUUGUGGCCAUUCGUGUCAGAUGAAAACGUGGUUCACUUUUUGCUGGACGAGAUUUUGGGCAGUGCAGUACAUAGAUGUUUGGACCCCGUUUUGAUGGAACCCAGCGUGGUCGACAUUAUUUGCGAAAGAGGGUGAAUUAUGAGCCAUUGCAAAUGAUCUUGUAUAUGCAUAUAGAAGUAUAUCGUAGAUGGUAUGUGAUGCAAUUUAUAAAAAAGUGAAAUAAUGAUAAAGAUAUUUAAAUAUGUAUCAUAUAAUAUAUAUAAGAG